AACACAAGAAAGUUAAGCUGCCUACCGACCUCGUACGGUGCCAUUACCUCGCUUCCGUAUUCAACUCGCAUUCAUCUCUGCAAUUAACCGAUCACCCAUGGCUGAAUCCAAAAUCGACGCCGCCAGAGAGUGGAUUGUCGAGCAUAAGCUUCGUUCCGUCGGAUGCUUGUGGUUGAGUGGAAUUGCUGGAUCAAUCGCUUACAAUUGGUCUCAGCCCGGUAUGAAAACCAGUGUCCGGAUCAUUCACGCUAGGUUGCAUGCACAGGCUCUGACUCUAGCUGCAUUAGCUGGAGCUGCAGUGGUCGAGUACUAUGAUCACAAAAGCGGAGCAAAAUCUGAACGUUAUGCCAAGUUCCUUGAGUCCAGCCCUCGCAAAGACUAAAUCACUAGUUUAAUUCUGCAUCUGUCACACACUUGAAGUGGUGAACAAUCUGACCCUCAAAUGUUUAUCGGUUUUACGUAAUUCUAGUUUGCAUUCGGCGUUAUUGCCUAGGCUGCAAAUUUUGCCCAUGAUGGAAAUUGUAUGUUCUUCUCUUUAGAUGAAAAGUUUCAUCCUAUUUUAUGAAUC